AUGGCUGGUGCGACUUUGCUGAUGGAUGCGUGGCUGCUCGAGCAAGUCCGAGCGUCUCACCUGCUGAUCAAGCACAGCGGAUCGCGUCGCCCUGCGUCGCGUCUGAGUGACAACAUCACGCGCUCCAAGGAGGAAGCCAUUGCCAAGCUGCUCGAGCUGCGCGCCCUGAUCGUGUCGGGCCAGGCCAAGUUCGAGGAGCUGGCGACGCAGUACAGCGACUGCAACAGCGGCACGCGUGGCGGUGACCUCGGCCCGUUUGGCCGUGGCAUGAUGCAGAAGCCGUUUGAGGACGCCACCUUCGCGCUCAAAGUUGGCGGGAAAGCCAGUCAUUUGUCUGACACGCGUCAUGAGAAGGCGAACCGCUCGCCACUGCUGCCCCGCGCGUCCUGGCAAGACCCCGAGACCCCCGCCAACCGACAGCUGCCUCCCCCCCCCACGUCUGCCCGCAGCUACACGGUCGUUGGGGAAAAUGGCAGUCGAUUAUGGUUUGGUGUUGGCCCUCAGCACGGUCUUGUAGAGGCAACGGGCUGA